AUGCCUCUAUUCACCUUCUCUAGCGCGCCUUCCGAAGUGGCUCGUAGGAAUGCGACCCCGGACAUGAUUGAACUCCUCCGUGCCACGUGGAGAAGGGAGGGCAGGCAAGAGGUUGUGGCCGGAGAAGAAUCUUAUGUGCCACACGAACUAAAUCAUGUAGAGGAUCCAGACGUCGAACAGUUGCAAGCUUCUCAAUUACAACAAAGCACCAACCACAGUAUUCCCAAUUUCCCCAAACUUCCAACACCUACCACCAGAAACGCCCGUUACGACUGGUACCAGGGCGACCUGGGACUAGAGGAUUACCCUUCGCGCCACGGCGACGAGGUCACACUGCUCACAAAGUCUGCACCCCGGUGGUUCUCCGAGGGUCUUGCGAGGGCCACAGCCUCAUUGACGAAAGCCGAGAAGCGAAGCUCGCUGAAGGAGGAUGCUACGGAACUCGGGAUGAUGUUUACUGCUAACGAGUCGGCUUGGACAACUCCAUUCGGUUCUCCCCAAACAACCCCUCAAGCAGAGCCCUCUUAUACCGCCGCCUUCGCCGCCGGCUUAUUCGGAUGUCCUCCCAAGGCGAAGGCGGGUAUUACGACCGUAGUGCAAACCACAGCUCCUCGCCCCUCAAACCGCUUCGACCGAUCUAAGGCGAGGACAUCUGGGGAUGACGAGAAGAUGGCAAGCAGACACAUAGGCUAUCCUGCACGUAUCGUCUUGCCGUCGGACGUCCGUCGAUGUACUGGACUGAAUACCGAACAUGAGUCACCGCUGCAGAGGCGCAAGCCUGUUUUGCUCGGACCGUCGCAACUGGAGGUUGAGGGGAAGGGGAAGUUAUACUACAUUUUCGGGCGUAUGAAACUAGAGGGAAGCGCUGUCGAUAUUAUUGGGAGGGACGCGGAGUAA